AUGGAGAACGGCACCAAGUAUUCCGACAGUGAUAGCGAAUUGUCCGAGCCUGCAGAACCUCUCGCUGCCGGAGCCUCGCCGCCUCGAGUCGAUAUCGACGCCGAUGAAGAAAACCUUCCCGGUCAUGAUGAAACCAGUUCAGAUGAGCCUGACGCCGAAGGAGACGCCGAUUAUGAGAUGGACAUGUCGAUGCAGUUGAACAGCACAAAGUCUGAAGAGAACGAUUCCUCAUCCGAUGAAUCCAUCAGACCUGCCAAAAGAAAGGCACAUCCUGUUGACGAAGAAGAUUUUAUUCGAAACAAUCCAGAAAUGUACGGUCUGAGGCGAAGUGGACGAGCCCGGCCUGUUCCCAAUAUGGCAGAGUCAUCCGACGAUGAAGAUUCGGAAUCAGACAUCGCUCCCCGUCCCCGAAAACGUAUGCGACAUGUCUCUCAGCGCUCAUCGAACCAACCUACACCGGUUGUCGAGUCUCCUUCGGAUUCUGAUGAUGAUUCAGAUGCGUAUGGUGGUCGACGGGCAAGAAUAACCAAGAAACAACGCCGAAGAUUCCUGCAAUCCGCUGAAAACCUCACACCUGCCCAUGCCGAGAUACGAUUCUCGACACGAAGAGCCGCGAAAGUCUCUACAUAUAAUGAAGAUGACGAUGAUGACAUUUUUGAAGAGGAUGAUCCUGAAACUCUGACGCCCAAUUACUGGACCAAUGGCCAAGAAGACAACUCGCCGGCCAUCGAUAUUGUCCUAAACCAUCGCCUCAAGGCCGGUGUCACCGCACCAUCGCCCUCAAAGGACGAUUACGAGUUCCUCAUCAAAUGGCAGCAGAAAGCCUACUAUCAUGCUACCUGGGAGACGGUCGAGUCUCUGUCUGGCGUGAAGAGUGUGCGACGGUUGGACAAUUAUGUCAAGAAGACCUUGAUGGAAGAUAUUCGCAUCGUCAACGAACCGGACAUUGCGCCGGAAGACAAGGAGAAAUGGAUUUUGGAUCGAGAACAAUAUAUCGAUGCUUUAGAAGACUUCAAGAAGGUUGAAAGAGUUAUUGGUGACCAAGACGGUGAAGAAGGGACCGAGUACUACGUCAAAUGGAAGGGUCUCUUUUACGAUCAAGCAACAUGGGAGCCAUCAAGUCUGGUGAGCCAGAUUGCACAGAAUGAGAUUGAUCGAUAUAUCAAUCGUCGUCGAGAGGAAUUCAAGUCUAAUACCAUUGAAAGCAAUCCCGUGUCUCGAUCACCAUUCCAACCAGUUCGCGAACAGCCCUCUUACAUUCAGAAUGGCACUCUCCGAGACUUCCAGAUGACCGGAUUGAACUUCCUCGCAUAUAAUUGGGUCAAAGGAAAGAAUGUCGUCCUUGCAGACGAGAUGGGUCUUGGAAAGACUGUCCAAACUGUGGCAUUCUUGAGCUGGCUCAGACACAAUCGUGGCCAGCAAGGCCCUUUUCUGGUCGCCGUUCCACUUUCAACAAUGCCGUCCUGGGCCGACACAUUUGACGUGUGGGCACCCGACAUAAACUACGUUGUCUACAAUGGGAACCAGAAUGCUCGCAACAUCAUCCGGGACUAUGAGCUCUUGCCCGAUGGAAGCUUCCGUCAUCCUCGCUUCCAUGUUCUGCUCACAACCUACGAGUAUGUGUUGCAGGAUGCUCCAUUCUUGAGUCAGAUCAAAUGGCAAUUCAUGGCUGUUGAUGAAGCUCACCGUCUCAAAAAUCGAGAUUCUCAAUUAUAUGACCGCUUGCGAGAAUUCAAAGCUCCUGCUAGACUUCUCAUCACCGGCACACCUGUCCAAAACAACCUUGGCGAGCUCUCAGCUUUGUUCGAUUUUUUGAACCCGGGUGUUGUGAACAUUGAUGAGAACAUGGACUUGACCAAUGAAGAAGCAAGUGCGAAGAUUGCUCAGCUCACCGAAGACAUUAAGCCUUACAUGCUUCGAAGAACCAAACAGAAAGUCGAAAAGGAUCUACCCCCAAAGACAGAAAAGAUCAUCCGUGUCGAACUGUCAGACAUUCAACUUGAGUACUACAAGAACAUUCUGACCAAGAACUAUGCGGCGCUCAACCAGGGAGCCAAAGGUCAGAAGCAAUCUCUCCUCAACAUCAUGAUGGAGUUGAAGAAAGCCAGCAAUCAUCCUUUCAUGUUUCCCAGUGCAGAGGAACGCCUUGUCCCCGAGGGCUCUCGGCGAGAUGAAGUCCUCCGUGCACUCGUCACGAGUAGUGGUAAGAUGAUGCUUCUCGAUCAACUUCUUACUAAACUCAAACGUGAUGGUCACCGUGUCUUAAUUUUCAGUCAAAUGGUCAAGAUGCUUGAUAUUCUUGGAGACUACAUGGAUUAUCGCGGUCAUGCUUAUCAACGCCUUGAUGGCACCAUUGCUGCCGCUCCUCGACGAAUUGCCAUCGAUCAUUUUAAUGCUCCAGACAGCACCGACUUCUGUUUCUUACUCUCUACCCGAGCGGGUGGCUUAGGCAUUAACCUCAUGACUGCAGAUACUGUCAUCAUCUUCGACUCCGACUGGAAUCCACAGGCUGAUCUUCAAGCAAUGGCUCGAGCUCACAGAAUCGGACAACUCAAGCCUGUCAGUGUCUAUCGACUGGUGUCCAAGGAGACUGUGGAAGAAGAAAUCCUUGAGCGUGCUCGCAACAAGCUAAUGUUGGAAUUUUUGACCAUUCAACGAGGCGUCACCGACAAAGAGACUCAGGCUCGACGCAAUGCAUUGGUUGGCGAACCCGGCAGUUCGAGCGAAAUCUCCAGAAUCCUCAAGAAGCGUGGCCAGAAAAUGUUUGAACAAACCGACAACCAGAAAAAACUGGAGGAACUCGAUCUCGAUGCUAUGCUCAACAAUGCUGAAGACUACAAAGUUGAACAACCCGAUGGCACUGAUGCCGACGGCGGCGAAGAAUUUCUCCGAAGUUUUGACUUCGUCGAUGUCAAGGUUGACGAAUUGUCCUGGGACGACAUUAUUCCCAAAGACCAACUGGAAGAAAUUAAAGCCGAAGAACAACGAAAAGCCGAAGAGAGGUAUCUCGCAGAAGUCAUUGAGCAGAACAAACCUCGUGUUCGCAACCAUCAAGCUGAUAACCGUGAAGCACGCAAGGCCAGACGACAGGAACAACGACAGAAAGAGAUUGAUUCGGACAGUGAAUCCGAAGACAAUCCUAAAUCUGACCCUGCACGUCCACUCAGUGAGCGAGAAUACAGAUAUCUCAUUAAAGGUCACCUCCGCUAUGGUUCAAUCGAUGAUCGUCAAGAAGAAUUCUUGGCCGAAGCCCGCCUCCGAGGCAGAGACCUAAAUGUUGUCAAAGCAGCUAUGAAAGAGGUCUGGGACAAGUCGGCUGAAUUGUACAAGGAGGAGCAGAAUCGCAUGGCCGAAUUGGAGCGCACAUCCAAUCGACCGAUCACCAAGAAAGAUAAGAAAGCAGUUUUGUUCGAACUUCAUGGUGUGAAACGUAUCAAUGCUGAGACCAUCCUUGAACGACCGGGUGAAAUGCGACUCCUUCGAGAAGUCACCUCGAAAGAUCCCGACUUCAAAUCAUUCCGCAUUCCCGAAGCCACCAAGAACGCUGGAUAUACGUGUUCUUGGGGCGCCAGGGAGGAUGGGAUGCUCUGCGUGGGGAUUGCUCGACAUGGGUACGGUGCAUGGGAAAAGAUUCGUGAUGAUCCCGAUCUCGGCCUCAAGGAUAAAUUCUUCCUGGAGGAGCAUCGUGUGGACAAGAAGGCCGAACGUGAGAGACUGGAUGACAAGAAUGCCAAAUCUCCGGGCGCAGUUCACCUUGUCAGACGCGCUGAUUAUCUCAUCUCGGUUUUGAAGAGCAAGUUUGGAAACGACCCAGCCGCAAAGCGCGCCGUCGAGAAUCAUCAUCGCAAUAACAAGAAGCACCAUUCCGAGAAGUCCGUGAAACCUGGAUCUCCAGCUCCGGCGACACACCGCAAAGCACAUCGCGACUCGGAGAAGCCUCGACAUCGAACCAUCAGUCAAACACACCGUGACAGCUCCGAGAGAUAUGGGACGCCCAAGUCUGAAACUCGUCACAGUCAUCCAAAACAUGAGGAAAGCAAAGAGCAUAAAGAGCGCAAACAUCGUGAUGACCACAGCCAUUCUUCGCAUCAUAGACAUGGAAGUGACCACAGACGGAGUGAGAACCCUGCGAAUGGUACUUCCAGCGACAUCGAUCCUCUCAUAGGGAUGCUGUUCAGACCUGUUAGGGAUAGUUUGAAGCAGAUCAAGGCCACAACGAAGACCGCCAUACCAGAUGGACAGCAACGAGCCAAUGAGUUGAGGGCUCUACUGAAGCAGAUCGGCAAUUUCAUUACUGAACAAGUCGCUGAAUUGGACGAUAAUCAUGCAUCGGUCGAAAAGCGCUUCUGGGAUUAUGCUGCCACUUAUUGGCCGAACAAAGGCAUCAAGGGAUCAGAACUGCAAAACAUUCAUGGCAAAAUCGUGGCAUCCGAUAACAAGCUUGCAGGUGAAGGUUCACCGAAUGACGAUUCCAACAACGUCGACGGUCGAGCGAAUGGCUCAUAUCAGACGUCCCCACCGCGCUGA